CAGUCAGGACAGUUCAACGAAGACAUGAUCCCGACAGUGGGCUUUAACAUGAGGAAGAUCACCAAGGGGAACGUUACCAUAAAGCUCUGGGACAUAGGUGGCCAGCCACGGUUUCGCAGCAUGUGGGAGCGGUACUGCCGUGGAGUGAGUGCCAUCGUGUACAUGGUGGAUGCUGCCGACCAGGAGAAGAUAGAGGCCUCUAAGAAUGAACUGCACAACCUGCUCGACAAGCCGCAGCUCCAGGGCAUCCCGGUCCUAGUCCUGGGGAACAAGCGAGACCUGCCCGGUGCCUUGGAUGAGAAGGAGCUCAUUGAGAAGAUGAACCUCUCCGCCAUCCAGGACCGAGAGAUUUGUUGCUACUCCAUCUCCUGCAAAGAAAAGGACAACAUCGACAUCACCCUACAGUGGCUUAUCCAGCACUCGAAGUCUAGGAGAAGCUGAGAUCCCGCUGACUGCGGCUCGGAUUGGGAAGAUGCCAUUGUACAAGCCCAUGCCCCUUCUUUCUCCUGCUCUGUCCCUCCAGCUCUCUCUCUAGAUGGGUAUUUUUAGGGGACCCCAGACUCCACUCGCAUUGAGGUGGAGCCCUUGUUUUUAUUGUAAAGAAAAUGUCCGACUCUGCCCUCCUCUCCUCUCCUCUCUCUGUCUCUUCCUCCCAUUUUGGCACUGUUCUGUUGUUGUCUGUGUAUACAGUAUAUAUAUAUGUAUAUAUAUUUUAAUUUUUUUAAUUUAAGCGAUAGCGCUGUUACUAAACUGGGCCCUGUGAGCGGUAGAAAGGCUGUGGGCUCCCUGAGGCUAGCAGAGGG